AUGGGAGUUGUGUGGUUUGUUUUUCAGCUACUUAUAGUGGCUAUAUUGACUUUGUACGUUUGGAAUAAGUAUGCCAACUUCAAGAAACAGCAUGUCCUGGUUUCGGUAUCGACGUUUAUUGGAUGGUACUUGUCUUUUAUUAUUAUCUUGAUGCUUCCCCUUGAUGUUUCAAUUGUAAGUUUUUGAUGAUAAAUGUUUUAGUUAAUGCUUUAGUUAGAUUAUGGUUUAUAUAGUCUAUAUCAUCUAAUUUUUAGACGUUUUAUCACAAAUGUUUGGUGGACGAAAAGCGGAUAGCUAAUCUAACACACGAUGAAACACGAGAUUUAUUUUGUGAAGAGCCUAAGGGAUUUCUGAAUGACGAGUUUCUUCUCCAUGUUUGGAGAAUUGUCUAUUGGAGCUCUCAAGUGCUUACCUGGUAAGUGUUACCUAAAUAUAUCUUAUGCGUUUAGGCUCGUUCUUCCGAUUAUGCAAAGCUACACUAAAGGAGGUAGUUUCACAACAAUGGGACGGUUAAAGUUUGCUUUAUACAAUAACAUGGUCUACUACACGAUCUACUUGGUCUUGUUUGUGGUUUUAUUGUUUUAUGCCAUUUCGAAAGGAGUGUCUAUGAAUCUGUAGGUUGAUAAAAAUGUUUACGCCUAUAUUUGUAAAGAUGUAUAGAUAAAAGCUACUUAUGUAGCUUUACAAUAUAACUGGAUCUUUGCAUCUCUAUCUUAUUUUACUGUUUGAUAAAGUAAAUUCGUUUAAUGCUUUUUAGAGAUCACUUGAAAGUGUUGAUAAUCUCAGCGUCGAACACAUGGGGUUUCUUGUUUUUGGUUGUUUUACUGGGUUACGGGCUGGUAGAAGUGCCACGAAAACUUUGGGAAAGUGGUUUUAAGGGUAAGUUGUUUGUAUUUUAAUGUUUUGUUACCUAAUUUUACCCUAUAAUUUGAAAUAUUUUAGUGCGACGUUUGCAAAGAACGUAUUUUGAUGUGGAGAAGCUGGCGUCAGAAAAAAGCGAGGCUGAAGAAACUGCCAGACAGUUGUACAGGUAAGGAGAUGUUAUUAUCUGUACAAAUUGGUUUUUGCUAUUGAGCUACAUAUGUUAAUGUAAUGAAUUUAACUACGUGUUGGUUUUAUACCAAAUUAAAAAUGGUUUAAAAAACAAUAUUGUAAGUUAUCUUUUAGUGAAUGCCGAGAAGUGUUGAACGUGUUGAAGAAUGAACGCGGAAAAGCUCGUGAGCGGAUUCAAGAAGUCAUCAGGCAGUUCCCAGAAGACAUUGUGACGAAAGUAGCCAACUCUCGUCAAGUCGCGUUCUCAUCGCCUAAUUUGAGGAACGUCGAUGCGGCUUCAGCAAGUGAAGAGGCUUUUUUGGUAAGACAAAUUUUAUAACUUUAAGUUUUACACUGUGAUUUACUUUUGUUUUACUAGGAAUGAAUUCAGUAAUGUUGUCUCAUAUAAGAAGUUGCCUGUUUUUCUUUAUUUUUAUUAUGUCUUUUCAUGCAGAAGCAUUACAAUCUAUAGUAGGUUUAGAUAUAAAAUUUAAGAUAGGUUUAGUUUUCAUCGAUUAUGUUCUUGAUAUGUUGAUAUACUUGCUUUGACUUCUUUGCCCAGCCAUCCUGUUGAUCACGGGCGUCAAAGUUAUCGACUGAAUGGAAGUUGUGGUGAUUUCUCCACAGUUUUUCGUAUUUUUGGUUAAUUUCAGCAGCUUCGUCAUAGUUUUCUCGUCGAUACGGGUUGUUUACUGUAGAGUAGAAUUCUCUACAAGUUAAUUACGUUUGCGUGUUGGGUUUACUUUGUAAUUUUUUUUGGUUGUUUAUAUAGCAAAGACCUUUGCAAUGAUUAUGAAAGCUUACUUUGGGGCCGUGUGCAUUUGAAUAACAAUAUGAUAACGUUCUAAUAGCUGUUUUUCAUCAGUUUGUAGCUCUUCGAGGAUCUUGUUCCAGGUGUCUUCUCCAGGAGUGUAAGCCUUUGGAUCCAUACCACCUCUGUCACAGAUUAUCAGGGUAUGGCGAGCAGUCUAAGGUAGCAUUACUUGAUUGACAACCAGUAGAAUUGACAUAAAUUUUAUGUGAUAUUAGGUUUUUUAAAUAAUUCUGUGCUCCCUCUCAAAGCAAAUUUUCAAGGUUAGGGACACAGAAUUAUUUGAACGACUUAAUACUUCUGUAGAAGCUUCUGGACUAUUUGCAGUAAGUAGUUAUUCUUACCUCAUGAUCAGCAAUAUUGUCAUACACGCUUUCCAAUUGUUGUAUCGUUUUGAGAACGUCCUUCUGCCAUUGGUAUAUUUGGUUCUCGUUCAAAGUGUGCCUUUCAACUCGCCCUGUGUAAAGGAAACUAGACGCUUCGCUUACUGUGAAUACCUAGAAGUGAAUAUUGGUAUGGUUUUCUAGAUAAAUUUGAGUUCUAGACCGAUAUUAUUAGAUUGGGAUAAUUAAGGCACGAUUUGAAUGAUUAUUUUAGUGAUAAGAACUUACUUGCCAUUUUGAAUUGUAGUUUUCCUUUAUUUUGGCAGCGAUUUCACUCAUUGCCGUUGUUUUUCCUAAAGGCACUUCAAUUUUAGUUUAAACAUUAAAGUUGCAGUUAUUUUUGACUGUUUAGUAUAAUAUCAUAUUAUAAAAUGUAAAAUUAAACCCACUCACCAGCACAUGGCCCUCCAGUCAGUACCACCUUGCACUUCUUUUUGCUAUGUUUGUUCAGCGAAUAGGUAGACAUCGCAAGUGUUUAAUGCGAGGGAAACGUUUCUUGUCAGUCAUCGCUUAUCAACAAAGCGACAGUUUUGUUUAAAGGUCUUCUGAUUUCAGGUCAGAUUAAACAAGAGAACCAACUUGGCGGUUCAGAACUUCAGACGGACGCAGGCCCAGUGGAAGGCCCUGAUCGAUCAUGCCGUCUACCUGGAGGAUGUGAUUGUAGCUGAGGAGCGGAGACAGCUCCCAGAAUGGGACAGAGACAAGUUUGCAAAACAGUAUGUAAAUGAGAGAGUAUUACUGUACUGGCAUACUCAAGGAAAGGAGUUGGCCAUUAGGGGCUUGGCAGUGGUCUGUCUGGCCAUGACUAUGUUGAUCAUGUGGAGUGAAUGCACAUUCUUUAUUGUAAAGCCUCAGUUAUCGUUGGCAGCGAGCAUCAUACACACAAUGGCAUUGGGAUAUCAUUACAAGUAUAUUCAGGUACAGACACAUACAAUUUAAAGCUUGAAAAAAGAAAAAUUAAAGAUAAGAAACAGUAAAAGUAGCUAUAACAAUGUGAAUAUUAACAAAAAACACAUAAAGCAGCAACAUAAUUUACAAUAAGCAGUAAUACAUACUUUUUAUUUUUAAUUUGGUUUUGCAGAUCACUGCAGUAGUGCUGAUAUUGUACUUGGGACUGUGCGCCUAUUACACGGUGUUUCAUCUCAAAAUCUACAAGUACUAUCACUUGGACCCACAUCAAAUGACAGACCCUAAUAGUAUGGUGUUUAGUGCAAUGUAAGUUGUAAGAAUAGUGUAGCAAUUUAAAUGCAGGUUGUUAUCUCGACUCACCCCGCCACUGUGUCUCAACUUCUUGGGUAUGAUUCACCUCGAUACUCAUAUCACGGCUCGUACCGACUUUGGAGUAGAAACACAGUUUACUAGGGUAUGUUUGGAGAUAUACUUGGUUUCGUAUUGAUUAUCUUGACUGUGUAACUUUCUUAUAAUUUAUUGAUUGUUACAUUUAACGUUUCUUUUUUAACAUACGAUGUUCAGCUGAUGGGCCAUCUUGAUGUCAUUCCAAUAUUGGCGUCAGGAGUCAACAUUUAUCUGCCAGUUCUGAUCGUCAUACUUGCUGUGAGUACGUGGAUGAAGUUGGGUACACGAGCGAUGCAUGCAAUUGGGAUCGACCAGUUUAUGGAAGACGAAAUGACUUCUGAUAUUGUUCAAAGCGGCAAAGCCUUGGUGUCUUUGGAGCGACGAUCUGACAAGUACCGAGAUACGAAGGCAACACCACGACGCAGAGAGGAGAAUGUGUUCAGGAAUAAAGCUUUUAGUACGUUUUUAUUUAGUUUACUAUAAUAUUCAUAUCAUAUUUGUUGAAACCAUUUGUUUUACUAUUAUUUACGUUGAUUGUAAUAUAUCACAAAUCUCAACAUUAUUAAAGGUUUUACUGUGUCUUUGAGUCUUUGGUUACUGGGACUUGGAUGGAGAUCAAUCUAAUGAUGCGAUUUUCAGAUCAAGAAUCCGAAGACAGAUUGCCAUUAGUCGAGAACGGCGACGAACAACUCUUUGAUCAGCCUUAUCAACCGGUCGAUUUGUUUGCCAUGCCCGAAGAAAGGCCCACAACACAUCCGAAUUCGAGUGACAUCUUCAAUGAUCUCUAA